AUGCCUCUUCUCGAUAAAUUACUCAAUAAGGGAGGCCAAGAAAAGUCUCCCGAGGAAGACGUCCCUUCCGCUCAUGUCGAGCACCCACCUUCACCACUGUCUCCUAGUUCCUCUGCCAUAAUAAACGAAGCACCGCCAGGUUACACAGCUACCGAUAGUCCCGCCGAAUCAGAUCUGACAGCUGCCUUUUCCAAUCUCAAUGUCUCGGAAUCAAGUAUUCCUGCUUUUCCAAAUGAAGAUCUAUGUCUUGCACACCUCAAGUUAUUAAAGACUUUUCAUAGUCUCAAACAAGAUGUCGGCUAUACCGAUGGAUUAUUUGGUCUAUGGGAUGCAAGUUGCGAACUUCCGGUCGUCAAGAACCGUGACAAAGCAUUAGUAGCGAUGCGAGAAAAGAGAUGGUCUCUGUAUAUUGCGAGAGCGGUAGAGAGAUUUGAGGAUUGGUGGUUGAAGGUAUUGUGUGAGCAAGAGAAUGCCACUAGGUUGCGGCGAAGCUACAUGAAGGCUCACACGGGCUUCAUUGAUUUUCCGAAGAAUGGUGUAGCUAAGGUUUGGAGCACGUCAAUGUUGCCCCCCAUAGAUGUUCUCAUGGUAUGGCAUUCAUUGAUGCUCAACCCUCGAAACUACCUGGAAGAUUGUAUGCGCUUUGGUUUGAAAGAUUUAUGGGCAACAGGCAUGCCCUGGCAUGCUGUUGAUGCAGCUAUUGAUACUAGCUUCAAUUAUCAAGUAACAGAAGCAGCCAAAGAAAGAUUCACGAAUGCCACAGGGCAUCAUUGGAGCAAUGCCAAUGAUCAUGCAGCAAAGACACUAAUUUGCCCGCGAUGUUCCCAGGUGUUGGAAAUUCCAUGGACUACAUGCGCUGCAAAUGAAAAGCCAUCACUGCAAGAAAUUAUGGACAUGAAUGGUACAGGUUAUGGAGAUCGAGAUUUUUCACACAUUUGCCACAAAUGUGGUGGUCAGAUCAAUCACGAUCUAUUGCGAGUUGCCAAGUUUAAGAGAGAGGUCGAAAAUCUGAUCAUGAGAGACUCUCCUCUAGGGGGAACAAUUCUAUCUCCGAGUACUGGAAUUCCGGAUGCCCCAGAUCCAAAAUCUGGUUCCUUGCACCAAAAUGCAUUUCCCAAUCGUAUGAUUACUAUUGAGCUGAAGGUAAAAAUACUAGAACUAAUUGACAAAAAGCCUAACAAAAAGCCCGCUAUGACUGAUGUUAGGGAUCUUAUCGAGGGAGUAUUCAGAAAUAAAUCAGCCCUAAAGAAAAUCAACAAUGGGAGGAGCACUUUGCUACGAACAGAGUGUCUUUCAGUUCGAAAGAUGAUGUCGAGAUAUUGGCAAAAUUCUUCAAUAUUCGCGCUUGAACUUGGAGGUGCUGUAAUUCGUCAGAGUGUGUUUGUCGAUAGAAUGGCAAGUCUUGACUGGCUUCGUUCCCCAGCUGCUCGAGAGACGAUGGGUCGAUUACUUACAAAGUAUGAAAGAUUCAUUGAAAUCAUGCGUCUCCAUCCAAAAGAGGUUUGUGUUCCAACCUUGGAUGUUGAUUUGGCAUGGCAUACUCAUCAAUUAUCGCCAAAACAAUACUACGAGUAUACGUUCUCAAAAUGCCAAAAAUUCAUCGACCAUGAUGAUAAGAUGGAAGAAGAUGCUCUCUCUACUGCCUUCGAAUGGACAACCAUUCGCUCCAAGCAUAUUGAUUCGUCAAGCCGUGUAUUCGGAACCUCCAAGCACGAAAAGGUUCUGGACGCUUUCUAUACAUCUGGAGCAGCAAGAAAAUGUGACCCCAACAAUAGCGCACACAUCAGCGCGCACUCCGCUGUUCGAGUCGAAGAGUCCGAGACCCGUGCUUCAGUCUUCGAUAGACUUAGCCAAAGAAAUAAAUCGGAAAUGAAUCGCGCCUACGACAAAGCUCGUCAAAGAGCUGAACAGAAGGGAAGAACUAUCCCUCCUAGAGAUGAUUAUUAUUACACGGCUUGGGGUUAUCCAUAUAUGAUGUAUGGACCGUACAUGAGUCCGAUGUACGCCGGUGCUCCGAUUUACUAUGCAGGGGAUCCGUGCGUGAUGCCUGUUGGUGUGGGUAUGGCCGGAGCUUGUGCAGCAGGAUCUUGUGGAGGACAAGAGCGAUUUGGUUAA